AACGUUAACCAGAGUUAAAUAACAAAUAAAUAAAUACAAUGGUAGAACACAAAGAUGAAGUUGUAAUAUCAGGUAUCGGUGGAUUGUUUCCAGAAAGCAAUAAUAUAACUGAAUUGAGUGAUUUGUUAUUCCAAAAAAAAAAUGGAGUAACUAUGGAUUCAAGGAGAUGGAAACCAAAUAAACUAGGUGCAUUAAGUGGUACUGGAAAAAUUAAAAAAAUCGAUACAUUUGAUACCACAUUCUUCAGCGUUCAUCCAAAACUUGCUCAAGUUAUGGACCUAAUGACAAAAAUAUGUUUAGAAAGAUCAAUCGAAGCAAUUAUCGAUGCUGCUUUGAGUCCAGCAGACUUGCAUGGAACAAAUACAGGAGUAUUUAUGGGAUCUGCAAUAAGUGAAACGGAAAUGAAAGCCAUGGAUACCGAAUCAUCUGUAGGAUUUGUAAUGUUAGGAACUAGUAGAGCAAUGCAAGCAAACCGACUUUCUUUUAUUCUUAAUUUGACAGGACCUAGUUUUUCCAUGGACGGAGGAUGGAUUUGUGGCUCCAACGGUUUGAAAAAAGCCAAAGAAAUGAUUGAAAAUGGUUUAUUAUCAUCUGCAAUUGUCGGUGUUACUAAUCUGACACUUCGACCAGAGUUACAAUUUCUAUAUCAAGGAUUGAAUAGAUUAAACAAAAGUGAUCAAACUAAACCAUUCAGUUCUGACGCUGACGGGUAUAACAGAUCAGAAGCUUGUAUUGUUUUUUAUCUUCAAAAAGCUUCUGAAGCCAAACGUUCAUACGGAACAUUGUUGAAUGUAAAAUCAAUGCAGUUUGGUAAUCAUGAUGGGACCCUAACCGAGCAUGAUGGAAAUCACUUUAAAUCAUUGCUAUUAGAUUCUUAUAAAGAAGCUGACAUAGAUCCGGCUACAGUAGAUUUCAUAGAAGCUUACGGAUCGGGAAUUAAGAGUGAAGAUGCUAUGGAAUUAAAUAUCAUGGAAGAAGUGUUUUGUACUGAAAAUAGAAGGACACCUUUAAAAGUGGGUUCCGUGAAAAGUAACGUAGGUCACUGUGAAGUGUCUAGUCUCUUUAUGUCAAUUUUUAAAGCCAUCAUUACGCUAGAAAGUGGAUACAUACCACCUAACAUAAAUUACACAGGACCAAAUAAUAAUGUAGCAGCGUUAAAGAAUGGAAAAAUUCAAGUAAUAACUGAAAAAACUCCUUUUGUUGGAGAUAUAAUCGGAAUCAGUUCAUUUGGGUUAUUAAAUGCAUUUAGCCAUGUAAUCCUUAAGAAAAAUCAGAUCGUUAAUAACAUAAUUGUGGACAAACAUAAUUCUACCAAUAUACCCCAAUUAAUAUUGGUAUCAGGGCGGAAUGAAGAAAACGUUAAAGAAGCAUUAAACCAGAUUAAAAGUCAUGGAAACAAUACAGAGUUUGUGUCAUUGACUAAUGACGUAUUCACUAGAAAUAUCAAUGGCCAUUUCUUUAGGAGUUUUAACAUUUUCCCUCAGUCAGAUGAGUCACGAAUAGAUGAUGUUUGGAAUGUUACUUUGAAACGUCCGGUAUGGUUUAUAUUCUCUGGUAUGGGAUCACAAUGGCAAGGAAUGGGUACAGAUCUUAUGAAAGUUCCAGUUUUUGCUGACGCUAUAAACAAAUGUGAUGUUAUACUAAAACCAAAAGGCGUUGAUAUUAAGAAUAUUUUGACCAGUCAAAAUCCAAAACUUUUUGACAACAUUCUCAAUUCAUUUGUCGGUAUCGCUGCGGUUCAGAUUGGACUAGUAGAAGUGUUGAGAGCAUUAGACAUAACACCCGAUGGAAUCAUAGGCCACUCGCUCGGAGAAUUGGGAUGUGCUUACGCUGAUGGUUGUUUUACGGCUGAAGAAAUGCUAUUAGCUUCUUACGCCAGAGGUCAAGCUACUCUAAAAACAGAACUUAUUCCCGGCAUGAUGGCCGCCAUUGGACUUGGAUAUGACCAAAUCAAAGACAAACUUCCCCAUGCCAUCGACGCCGCUUGUCGUAAUAGUGCCACUAGUUGCACAAUAUCGGGUCCAGUUGAAAGCAUCAAACAGUUCGUGUCACAACUAAAAUCCGAAGGUGUCUUCGCAAAAUCCGUUAACGUUGGUGGCAUAGCGUUUCACAGUAGAUAUAUUCAAUCCGCUGGUCCGACUCUACUUAAAUAUUUAAAAGAUGUGAUCAAAGUACCAAAGAAAAGGUCGUCUAAAUGGCUUAGUAGUUCGUUGCCAGAAACUGAAUGGGAGUCUGACCUCGCAAAAUAUUCUUCUCCAGAAUAUCAUACAAACAAUCUAUUGAGUAGUGUGUUAUUCGAGGACGUUUUAAAUCACAUACCAAAAGACGCGAUUACAAUUGAAAUUGCUCCUCAUGGCCUUCUUCAAGCAAUUAUAGAAAGAGCAUUACCUGAAAUGGUAACCAAUAUUCCAUUGACGAAAAGAAUGUCUGGAGAUUCGGUUCGAUUCCUACUUACUUCUAUAGGAAAAAUGUAUGCCAGUGGAUUAAAUCCCAAAAUAAAAGAGCUGUACCCAACAAUAAAAUAUCCUGUAAGUCGUGGAACACCAUCAAUUUACGGUUUAACGUUUUGGGACCAUACUGAAAAAUGGUCAGUCAGGAUAUUGGAAUUAGUAAAAUCUGGUGAACACAUAAUUUCUUUAGUAAUUGAUGAUGAUAAACAUUUAGCACAGUACCAAUGCCAAGGGCAGUAUAUAAUACCAUUUUCAUUUCUAUUAUUUAAUGUUUGGAAGGCAUUUAUUGAAAUAAACUCUAAAAGUUUGUAUGAAAAUUCGAUUCAAUUUCAAAAUCUUCGGUUCAAAAAUAAUGUUAAAAUACAUCCAACCGAUUUCUCUCAUUGUUAUAUAAUGAUUCAAUUGGGAUCUGGUCUUUUUGAGUGCGAUGUGAACAAUGAGGUUAUUUUAUCAGGCGAGAUAAGACUUUUAAAUAAUUUAGUCUUAGGUUCAAAUGAAGAAAAAUCAAUAAACUUUGACAACACAACUGACAACUUACUUUGCAAUGUGUCAAAAAACGAGAUAUAUUCAGUUUUAAAAAAUAACGGAUUCAAUUUAGGAUUCAAGAACAUCACAAAUUUAAACAUUUAUAAAAAUAAUAUCCAAGGCUCCGUAGAAUGGGAAAACAAUUGGAUAUAUUUUUUGGAUUGUCUUUUUAAGUUUCCAUUUUUAGAAAAUUUAGGCAUAGGCCCCAUUGAAAUUCCAGUUUAUAUAAGGGAAAUGUUUAUAAAUCCUGCGUUGUUUGAGAAUCGUUCAGAGAAAGAUAUAAGCGUCAAUUACAACAAACUAUCAAAUGAAGUAACUUGUGAUGGAAUUAAAAUAUUAGGGGUUAAAAACGCACCGAUAUCAUUACCCAUACUUAACUCUGUGGUAGUUAAAGUACAAGAAAAAUCCUUUACUAAAUUCAACAACUUAAAAUGCAAAGUACGUACAUAUUUAACUAUGAAGUAAAUUAGUGACCUUUCGAUAAAG